CCUGCCCCCGCCUCCGCCUCCGCCUGCGCCUCCGCCUCCGCCUGCGCCUUUGGGAGGCCCGCGCUCGCCCAGCGCCCUUCCAGGCCCGUGCGGAGCGGAUUGACAGCGGCCGGGGGGCGACCCUGCCGGCGCGGGGCCUGGGGGGAGCCUGGAGGCGCGGCCAGCAUGGAGGCGCUGCUGCUAGGCGCGGGGUUACUGCUGGGCGCCUACGUGCUCGUCUACUACAACCUGGUGAAGGCCCCGCCGUGCGGCGGCAUCGCCAGCCUGCGGGGCCGCACGGCCGUGGUCACCGGCGCCAACAGCGGCAUCGGGAAGAUGACGGCGCUGGAGCUGGCGCGCCGGGGAGCGCGCGUGGUGCUGGCCUGCCGAAGCCGGGAGCGCGGAGAGGCGGCCGCCUUCGACCUCCGCCAGGAGAGUGGGAACAAUGAGGUCAUCUUCAUGGCCUUGGACUUGGCCAGUCUGGCCUCUGUACGGGCCUUUGCCACCGCCUUCCUGAGCUCUGAGCCACGGCUGGACAUCCUCAUCCACAAUGCCGGGAUCAGUUCCUGUGGCCGGACUCGAGAGCCCUUUAACCUGCUGCUGCGAGUGAACCACAUCGGCCCCUUCCUGCUGACACAUCUGCUGCUGCCCCGGCUGAAGGCUUGCGCCCCUAGCCGGGUGGUUGUGGUAUCCUCAGCUGCCCACCGGCGAGGGCGUCUGGACUUCACACGCCUGAACCGCCCAGUGGUGGGCUGGCGGCAGGAGCUGCGAGCAUAUGCUGACAGUAAGCUGGCCAACGUACUGUUUGCCCGGGAGCUCGCCACUCAGCUUGAGGGCACUGGCGUCACCUGCUAUGCCGCCCACCCAGGGCCUGUGAACUCGGAGCUGUUCCUACGCCACGUUCCUGGAUGGCUGCGCCCACUUUUGCGCCCACUGGCUUGGCUAGUGCUGCGGGCACCGAGAGGGGGUGCCCAGACACCCCUGUACUGCGCUCUACAGGAGGGCAUUGAGCCCCUCAGUGGGAGAUACUUUGCCAACUGCCGUGUAGAGGAGGUGCCCCCAGCUGCCCGAGACGACCGGGCAGCUCACCGGCUGUGGCAGGCCAGCAAAAGGCUGGCAGGCCUUGGGCCUGGGGAGGAUGCCGAGCCCGAUGAAGACUCCCAGCCUGAGGACUCACGGGCCCCAUCUGCUUUGAGCAACCCCCACCCUGAGGACCCCACAGUUUCUGAACCCUACCCCAGCCCUCAGAGUUCACCAGACUUGUCUAAGGUCACACGCCGAAUUCCGGUUAAAGCUGAAUCUGAGCGCCAAGGCUCCUAACCCCCGGGCUGGGAUGCUUUCUGUGGCACUUGGUGGCCCUUGAAAGCCUUAGCUGUGUGCAAGGCCUUCCCUGGGCAUUGAGGGGUUUGCAAUUUUUACCCACAUGGUUGCUUUCUGGGGCUUUAAGUCAUGUCCUGGACAGCUCUUUUCCUGGCGGAAGGAAAUAUGGGGGGAUUGUUUCUUCCUGAGAAUCUCCAGAUUGAGAGGCGGAGUGUAAUGUGCCAGACACUGCUUCUCAGGAAUUUGAAUUUCAUGUUUCCAGGCCCCACCCUUGGUGAUGCGGAUCAGCUCUGGAUGAGGGCCCGGGAAUUUGUAAUUUGAUGCACUGCCAACAUGGAGAAUUACUGAACCGGUCCCUUUGCAACCUGUAGCCAGAUAGUUCAAUUACCCCCAUUUUGCACAGGCGGGAUUAGGCUGCAGAGGUAAGGGACUCACCCAAGGUCUCUCAGCUCGGAAGAGCAGGGACUGACAUUGGAACCCAGGCCACCGGACUCCAGGGCCGACUGCUGUAGGUGGGCGCCGGGCGGUGAGGCAGGGCAGCGCGGUCGUCACCAAGGCGCCCCGUGGGAGCAGGGGGAGGCCUUCCCGGGUGCACGGCGGCCCCGGUGCAAUAAAGCGUGUUGUCUGCGG